AGUAUUUGCUCAUCAGACCCCAUGGCGCUGAAGAGAGUGAAAGGAAGAAGAGGUGGGAAUGGAGUUUUGGCCGGAGUUUCUUGCGAGCAGCACCGGAAAAGAGUUUGUAGCAGGAGGGUUUGGAGGCACUGCCGGAAUAAUCUCCGGUUACCCUUUAGACACUCUCCGUGUGAUGCAGCAGAACUCCUUCAACACCGCCUCCGCCUUCAGCAUCCUCAGAAAUGUGGUGGCCAAUGAAGGACCAACAGCUCUCUACCGCGGCAUGGCGGCACCUUUGGCCUCUGUUACCUUUCAGAAUGCUAUGGUUUUCCAAAUUUACGCAAUUCUUUCGAGGGCAUUUAGUUCGUCCGAUUUGGUUAAUGAUCCUCCUUCUUACAAGGGUGUUGCUUUAGGAGGAUUUUGUAGCGGUGCCAUACAGAGUAUGAUACUAUCCCCUGUUGAGUUAGUUAAAAUUCGGCUUCAGUUGCAGAACACAAGUCAAUCCAUAGAAACCCGAAAAGGUCCUAUGAAGGUGGCAAAAAACAUAUGGAGAAUAGAGGGUCUUCGUGGCAUGUAUCGGGGACUUGGGAUCACCAUGCUAAGAGAUGCACCGGCACAUGGUCUCUACUUUUGGACAUAUGAAUAUGCAAGGGAGAAGCUUCACCCAGGUUGUAGACGAAGUUGUGAAGAGAGCCUGAAUACUAUGCUGGUAUCAGGAGGAUUAGCUGGGGUGGUGAGUUGGGUUUUGAGCUACCCUUUAGAUGUUAUAAAAACAAGAUUGCAGGCUCAAACACUUUCUUCGCAGAAAUACAGAGGCAUUUUGGAUUGCCUUAGGAAGAGUGUUAGAGAAGAAGGAUAUGAGGUGCUAUGGAGGGGUUUAGGAACUGCAGUUGCUAGAGCUUUUGUGGUGAACGGUGCUAUAUUUUCUGCAUAUGAGAUCACUCUCAGGUGCCUUUUUGAUAAAUAACAACUGAAGCAUUUUACUGUAGAAACUAUCAAGUUCAAGGAUCUUACUGUUCAAGUUUUGAUGGAGACAUAACAACCACAUACCAUAUUCGAGUAGCAGCUCUCUUCAAAAUUGACAUUCAGAUUUUAUGAUUGAUACUUUCUAUAA